AUGGAGGACAUGCGCUUCCGCCCUCAGCAGCCGCCGAGGAACGAACCAUCCAUCAACCCGCUUGUCUCACCUCCUCGCGGCGCCGCUCUCAUCCCUCAGCAACAGCCUGCGAAUCAUGAUCUGCGCUCCUCCUUGCCUCGCCGCUUCACGACCGACUCGGGGCUCCUGCAGACACUGUCUUCCAUCAACUCCCUGGCGUCCUCGUCCCGUGUCAUCGACGCCUCUCAAGACUAUAAUAAUAUAGAGAAGAAGAAACAAGAAUAUGAGAGGAUCCGAGAACAGAGGCGGCGAUUCGAAGUCGAGAUGCAAAAACUGGACCAGCAACAGCGACGAGAGGCUCUCGAACUGGCGCAGAUGGAAGAAGAGGUAAACAGAUUUGCUGGGCAUCAAUCCGAGCCGACCACGCCUCCAGAGUACCGAAACACCAAUACCAACAACGGCUUUCCUGGCAUCUUCUCGCGACCAAACCGCUACUCGACCUCGAGCCUGACCUCUCCGCCAGACUUGUCCAACAGACCAUCUCGCUCUGGAUCGCUUCUGACCUCCCCCCCUGGCACGGGUGCGUUCCAGCAGCGAUUCGGAUUCGACGACCACCAGAUGCCAUCACGAUCCGUCCCUACCACGCGACGCAACAGCGAUGACGAUGACAAGGAAGAGGCUGUUCGCCAAGACCCGAGCAGCCACAGAUCGACCAACUCAACAAACAGAUAUUCGAUGCCCGUCACCCGGACAAGGAAUGGAUUUUACGACCUGAACCUUGAUCAGACCAACACUGCACGUUUCUUGUUUGGCGAAGACGAAACCAACCAUCUAUCUGGAGGACACCCACCUGACGACAGCUUCCCCACGCUUGUUCGCCGUGACGAUCAGAUUCUGUCGGCGUCUUCAGCAGCUCUUGAUCUUGCUCUGUCACCCUCGCCUAAUCCUGAGGCGCGGGCGUCACACAACUGGAGAACGAGCGUAAACCGGCAUCGCACUCAACACAGCAUGUCGGCCAUCAACGGCCUUUCAACCAGCCAGACUGGCGACGCGGGCAACAUUGGAGCUCGCGCCACCUCUCUUCGCCAUUCUCUUGAUCAUGCGAACGAGGUCUCUGGUGCUCCUCAAGCGAUUCACGCGCCGCCCAAGCUCCAGAGUUCCUAUUCUGCCAACGACAUCCCCACGGUCAAAAAUUCUGGAGGUGCCUCGAUGAUGAACGCCAUUGCCAAUAACCAUGCCCAGCAGCAUUUCCAUAACCACAAUGCGAGCAUCGGCCGCAUUCCUGCUGGUGCCAUGCCAAUCAGGCAUGCUCGCGAGCUGUCCAACGACAACGGCGUCAACGCCAGUCGUGAGCAGGCCGCUGUCUAUCCGUCCAUCAACUCAGCCCUCCAGGCAAGCGCUGCUCCCUUCGGGCCAACCAUGACAACCGCGGCUCCUCUCGCAACGCCGCACACCGCUGCGCCGAUGGCCUCUCCCGGCAGUUCAGCAUCGGCAUCAAGCUCGCAUGUCGCCAGCUUCUACCGCUACACCCCCUCAAGCGCCACGUCUUCUUCGUCGUAUGGGGGCAAUGCGCUCUCUGCCGGGAUGCAGCAGUUGAACAUCAACGGCGCUGGUAACGGAAAUGCCUACUCUCCACAGAGUUACUCUCCAUACGGCAAUGUGCCUUACUCUCCCCCGAGCGGUCAGCACCGCGAUAGCCAGGCUCGAGUUAUCCAGCAUCGCCGACAACUGGACAGUGAAGCCAUGUCUCGGUACCAAAACAUGCCGUUGGAGUCUUUCCGAGGCCAGAUUUACGAACUGUGCAAAGACCAACAUGGCUGCCGCUAUCUCCAGAAGAAGCUGGAGGAACGCGAUAGUGAUCAAGUUCACAUGAUUUGGCUCGAGACCAAUCAGCAUGUCAUCGAGCUCAUGACGGAUCCGUUUGGUAAUUAUUUGUGCCAAAAGCUCCUCGAGUUCUGCAAUGACGAUGAGAGAACUGUCUUGAUCCAGAACGCGUCUCAAGACAUGGUGCGCAUCGCCCUGAACCAACACGGUACAAGGGCCCUCCAAAAGAUGAUUGAGCAAGUCAGCACUCCUCAGCAAGUCCACCUCAUCAUCGAAGCCCUUCGCUACCGAGUUGUCCAGCUCAUCCAAGAUCUCAACGGCAACCACGUCAUCCAAAAGUGCCUCAACAAGCUUACCGCCUCUGAUGCUCAGUUCAUCUUUGAUGCUGUUGGCGAGAAGUGUGUCGAGGUCGGAACUCACAGACACGGCUGCUGUGUGCUGCAGCGUUGCAUCGACCACGCCACUGGCGAUCAGAAACUCUGGCUGAUCCAAUGCAUCACCAAGGACGCGCGCAUCCUCGUGCAGGAUCCAUUUGGCAACUACGUUGUCCAGUACAUCAUUGACCUCCACGAGCCCACCUUCACCGAGCCCAUUGUCGCCUCGUUCGAGGGCUGCAUCAGCAUGCUCUCUCGUCACAAGUUUAGCUCCAACGUGAUUGAAAAAUGCCUGCGCUGCGCUCAGCCUCCCUCCAAGGACAUGAUCGUCUCGGAGAUACUCGGGGACAUUGAGGGAUGCCUCCAAGAUUCGUUUGCAAACUACGUUGUCCAGACGGCCCUUGACUUCUCUACUCCCCAGCUGAAGCACCGCCUUGUGGAGGCUAUUCGCCCCGUCCUCCCCAAGAUUCGCACAACUCCUUAUGGACGCCGGAUCCAAGCCAAGAUUGCCGCCUAUGACAAUCGCGGAAGUGCUGCCUCGAGCGGACAAGCCACGCCGGCCGACAACACGCAGGGACAGAUCCCACUGCGACCGAGCCACAGCCGAGGGCUCUCUGGCACUCCGGGCAUGCGCCAGCAGGCACCGCCUCCUUUCUCCGGAAACACCACGAUGUCGAUGCCGCCCUCUUCUGCAGCUUCCGGCCCAAGUGGCCUCAUUCAACCUCCCCAGUACAAUCCGAUGGACGACGGUGAGGCACGCUGGAGACCCCCUUACUAA